AACCGGGCUGAUGUCGGGUUAUAAAACGCCGAGCUUCCGGCUUGUGACUUCCUGACAUGCGUUUCCAGAGAUUGAGGUGCUGUCCAUUUUAAGUAGACAGUGCAGAAUACUGUCUUCUUGGCUAAUCGUACUGUACGCGCCUGGCGCAUUAAAUUGUUGCCCCUCGACGCGUUCGCGCCUGCCCAACGCGGCCCCUCCAAAGCUUUGCAUCUCCAAGCGCCAACUUCGGACCGAGUCCUUUGAUUCACCGAUUUCAACGUCUUCAAUCUGCGAACACACGAGGCUUUUGCAACAUAUUGGAGCGCUGCUGAGAACCGUACAAGAUGGAACAUAUCACACAAGGCGCCCUAGAGGCCAUCUUCACGGAUUCCGACCGCGCCGCCGCUCAGUUCCCCGUUCCGGUGAUGCAAUGCCUCCAUAUCAAAUUUCUCGAAAACAAGGGCCCCGCAGCCCCGGGCUCCGAGCGGUACCGCAUCGUCCUCAGCGACGUCCGCAACUACGUGCAGUGCAUGCUGGCCACCCAAGCAAACCAUGUGAUGCACGACGGCCAGCUGCAACGCGGCUCCAUCGUACGCGUCAGGCAAUACCAGGCCCAGUCACUCAAGGGCAAAAAUGUUAUGAUCAUCUUGGACCUCGAAGUCAUCACGUCGCUCGGCACACCUGACAAGUUUGGCGACCCGAAGAGCAUGGAAGCCACAAUGAACGAGCGGCAAAUCACAAACACGACCAUCGGCGGCGCGGGCUUCUACGGCGCCAAGAGCGAACCAGUGCAGGAGUCAAAAUCGCAGGUCCAGAGGCAGAUCGCUUCUCACACGGGCGGCGGGGCCGGGGGCGGAGGCGGUCAUGGCGGGCAUUCUGCGAGCACAAUAUACCCCGUCGAGGCGCUUUCGCCAUACGCCAACAAAUGGACCAUCAAGGUUCGCGUCACAAGCAAGUCAGACAUCAGGACGUGGCACAAGAACACCGGUGAUGGCAAGCUGUUCAGCGUCAAUCUCCUGGACGAGAGCGGUGAGAUCCGGGCAACGGGCUUCAAUGAGCAGGUCGACCAGUUUUACGACCUUCUGCAAGAAGGACAAGUCUACUACAUCUCGACCCCUUGCAAGGUGCAGCUUGCCAAGAAGCAGUUUAGCAACCUGCCCAACGACUACGAGAUGAUGUUUGAGCGCGACACCGUCAUCGAGAAGGCUGAAGACCAGAGUUCCGUGCCGCAGGUACGCUUCAACUUUUGCAACAUUCAGGAGUUACAGGACGUAGAGAAGGAUGCCACGGUCGAUAUCAUUGGCGUCCUGAAGGAGGUGAACCCGGUGGACCAGAUCAUUUCCAAGACGACGCAGAAGCCUUACGACAAGCGCGAGCUAACGCUGGUUGACGACACGGGCUACUCGGUACGUGUCACCGUCUGGGGCAAGACAGCCACCGAUUUCGACGCCAACCCAGAGUCCAUCAUUGCCUUCAAGGGCAUGCGCGUCAGCGACUUUGGCGGGCGUAGCCUGUCACUCUUGUCAUCGGGCACAAUGGCGAUCGACCCCGACAUUCCCGAAGCCCAUAAGCUCAAGGGCUGGUACGAGUCGAGCGGCAGGAACAACACGUUCGCGACGCACAGCAACCUAUCGUCAAUGGGGGCUGCCGCGGGCCACAAGGACGAGUUCAAGACGGUUGGGCAGGUGAAGGCGGAGAAUCUCGGCAUGGAGAACGUCGAUUACUUUACGGUCCAGGCGACCAUUUUGCACAUCAAGCAGGAGAACUUUGCGUACCCGGCCUGCCUGAGUGAAAAUUGCAACAAGAAGGUGACGGACAUGAGCGACGGCACGUGGCGGUGCGAGAAGUGCGACAUGACGCACGACCGGGCCCGGUACCGGUACAUUAUGAGCAUCGACAUCAGCGACCACACCGGCCACAUCUGGCUGAGCUGCUUCGACGAGCAGGCCAAGAUGAUCAUGGGCAAGACGGCCGACGAGCUCAUGGAGAUGCAGUCGAGGGGGGACGGGAGCUUCGGCGCCGCGUUUGAGGCGGCCAACUGCAGGAAGCUGGUGUUUCGAUGCCGUGCCAAGAUGGAUACGUAUGGUGAACAAACGAGGGUCCGAUACCAGGUCAUGAGCGUCGCGGCGAUAGACUACAAGUCAGAAGGCAACAAGCUGGCCGAGCUCAUCAAGCAGAUGAGCCAGAUGUAACAAAACGGCUGUGUAGGUGGGAUGGAGUGCUUUCUCGGUUUGGUUUCGACGGGGAAGGACUGACAAGGAGCUGUGACAGCAACUGGCUAUCAUGAUUGUGCAGGAUUGGAGUUCGGAAGCCGCUUGUCGAUCUCGCUCAUAAGCAAUAAUGAUACGUAGACCAUUUUCACUUCUCAAGUUCUGAUCUCGGCGAGCCGUGUAUGAAGUGGGUUGGAGACG